AAGAAGCAGUUCAACAACGAGCUGCGGUUGAUGGUGGCGCAGUUUCAGAAGGCCAAAGUCCGAGACUUUAAGACCAUCGCCCUAGCCAUUGUCGACUUCCGUCGACAGUUCAUUGGCGAUCCCUCCAAAAUCCUGCAUCUUGGAACUGUCAAUCUUUGA